AAAAGUCAAAACGGCUUGCCAUAGAAAAGUCCACCUAAGACUUGAUCUCACUUUUGGCAUAAGCUCAGAAUGCUGGUAUUUCUAAUAACAUGCAACUUAUUUGUCAUUAAAGACGUUUUUAUUCAAAGUGCACUGAAGUAGCUUACACUGAAUAGAGGGACACUGUACACAGGGUUACACCAGUAGUUUAUUAGCCCAUUUACUAGCUUUCAACAUCACUAAACAACACACUAAAUCACCCAAGACGUUCACACGUGAGUGAUGUGCCCUCUGCUUGAACCCUUCUUAAUGUCCUCAUCGGUGACUCACCGAACACUUCUUUCAUGGCGUCCUGGAACACACGCUCAACUUUUGACAACUAUCACAACAGGCUCCACGACACAACCAUGCUAGGGCAGAGUUCUAUAAGAGUUGUAUUGUUGGCAGUUGCGGUUGGUUUGUAUCUCAUUCCCUCCCCGAUUGAUCCAGAGCCGUACAUAUUUGAGGGACCCCCGCCUGCUCUGGAGGGCCCUCUGGCAGUGAACACACGGCUACAGAGAGGUCGACGGCUGUUUUCUGGUCAGCUCAAAGGCCCGGAGUCUUUCACAGCAGACCAGAACGGAAACAUUUACACAGGCACUGUUGAUGGGAAGCUGUGGAGAAUCAACAAGGAAUCCCUCACUUUCAUCACUCAGAUGGGCCGGAACAUCCCCGAAUGUGGCACAAGUACGGACUAUGAACCGGUAUGUGGUCGUCCACAUGGUCUGCGAUUGGACCGUGACGGGCAGCUUAUCGUGGCCGACUCUUACCAGGGUCUUUUCAAGAUUGACCCUUGGACUGGAGAGAAGACAUUGCUACAUUCCAGCAAAGAGGGAGCUGAUGGGAUUCCCUUUGGCUUUCUAAAUGGUCUGGAGAUUUCUAAAAACGGAACCAUGUUUUUCACAGACUCCAGCAGUAAAUGGGGAAGACGUCAUGUCCGUUAUGAGGUGCUGGAGACGAACCAUCUGGGUCGCCUUCUCUCGUAUGACCCCGUGACUGGUCACGUUCGGACAUUGUUGGAUUCUCUCUACAUGCCUAAUGGCUUUGCAUUCUCUUCUGAUGAGGACUUCCUGCUUCUGGCUGAGACCAGUAUUGGACGUAUUAUUAAGUUCUGGUUGAAAGGACCUAAAGCGGGCACUAGGGAAAUCGUCCUGAACAACAUGAUUGGUUAUCCUGAUAACAUCCGCCUCAGUGACCGUGGCACAUUUUUGGUUGGCAUAUCCACAGUUAGAUUCCGAGGCCGACUUUUCCCACCUUUCUUGGAUCUGAUUGGUCCGUACCCCACUCUUAAACGCUUCAUAGUAAAGCUCAUUCCUCUCAGCUGGUACAACGCUCUGUUGCCCAAGUACGGGCUGAUUCUGGAGCUGGGGCCUGAUGGAGAGGUGAUUGACAGCUUACACGACCCCACGGGCAGCCUGACGUGGGCCGUGAGUGAUGUCUUCCAGCAGGGGGCGCACUACUAUCUGGGCAGCACUGACUUGCCGUUUCUUCCUGUGCUGGAGGAGUGGAGCUGACCGUCUGGCUCUUUUACAAGUGGACUUACACAUGGGAAAAGUAGGACUUUCGAAAAACGUUCGUAGAUAAUGCAAUUUUUCGUAGAUAUGGUAAUUUGAAUUUUAACAAUGCACUGCAGUCUUGUGGAAAAAAUACAUGUCUUCGUAACUGUGAAUUCUGUGAUUUAAAAAGGACCUAUUAAGCUUUUUUACAACUUUCUUUAGUGUGUAAUGUUGCUAUUUGAGCAUGAAAAAGGUCUGCAAAGUUACAAAGACCCUCCAGCAGGAGUUAUUUUCUAUAUCAGUGUCACUGUUUCUGAACUCCCUCAAACGCCUCCAUUGUAGUCUUGAGUUUUCUUCUGGGAACGAACACGUCACAAUAUUCCUCAUUUAAAUAAUUCCCACCCAAGGUAUACGCAAAAUAAAGGGGCGGGGCCUGGUUGAGUUAGUUAGUAAUGUGUUGAAACUGGUGGUUAUGGUAAGGGGUGAGGCAUUUCCAUGGGCAUUUCCCGCUUGAAACGGUUGACCAAUCACAAAACACUGCUCCAGCCAACCAAUCAGGCAAAUCAAUUUUUGGAAGGAGGGGCUUCAUAGAGAAAGAAACUAAACAGGGGUGCGUUUCCCAAAGCGAACUAUGGUCUCAAGUUCCGUCGUUACCAAUAGAGUUCAAUGGGACUUACAACCAUAGUUGGUUAACGAUCCUUUCAGGAAACGUACCCUAGAGCAUUACUGAUCAGUGUUGCCAAGUCUGCUGUUUUCCCCAUGGAACUGAGCUACUUUAACACUUUAGCCAAGGGUUGUUUUUAAUGUCCAUGGGUUGAAGCAUCCUCAAAUAAUAUAAUAAUUAAAUCCUGGAAUGUGAAUUUUACCAGGGGAACCCUGCUAAAAACGUGGAUUUUACCCCCCGGAACACAAUUUUUACUUCCACCUACCUUGAGUAGCAAUUGGGCGGGUUUUGUUGUGAAAACUUAUCAACCCUGAAAAAGAGGUGCUGCAACAAUAUGUGAAAAAAGUUUUUUUUUUGAACAUUCAAGCAUGAAAACCAAUUCUAGUAGACCACAAAAACAAAAUCAACACUGUAAAAUAACAUAAUAUGCCCUCUUUAAGUAUAGUUAAGCCAUUAUAGUUUGUCUAACAGACCUUUUAACUGUAUUAAUCAAGGGGAAGCAUCACAUUCUGUUUUGUUUUUUUGCACUGGCCAUAGAAAUGGAAGCAUAGCUGCUCCCAUUUAAAAGUUAUGUUUGUUUUUUUGUGCUAAAGCAAUGCAAAACAUGGAAAUAACAUGAAAUAUCUGAGGGCAGUGAACUUUAAAGCAACAACCCAAAUAUAAAAUUUAAAAAUGUGUCAUGUAUGUAUCACACUAAUAUACAUAUAUUGAUUUUUUUUUUUAAUAAAAUAGCAUUGCAGUUAGAUUAUUUAAUAAUCAUCUAAUUGUGAGCCACAUCAGUUGUCCUGUUUAUUCUUCUCAAAUAUUUUAAAACGAUGCACGCAGAAAAAAAAACAACAGCAACAAAAAUAAUUUCAGAAUGCUUUUAUCAAUCAAACACACAAGACAAAAGUCCACACCAACCAUAGCAAUGCUACUAACAAAUAUAAUGAAAGAAUUAUGUGCAAAACAUGUCAGACAUGUUGAUCACAGACUGGAAAGUGCUUCACUGAACGGAUAUAUUGAAGUAUUGUGAGAAAGACCUUUUCAAACGCACAUAUUUUGCCUGUCCACCGCUUCUCAGAUCAUUUUGGGUGAUUUGAGAUAUUGCCAAUUCCAGCAGAAGAUUGUUGAAGGAUAAGUAGUAGUCUGAAAGUAAAACAGUCCCUUAAUGCUUCAAGUUUGAGUUGCUGUGAAGCAACCCAACCACAGGAUUUCCCUCAUAGAACAAAAAAAAAAAAAGGUUUUCUUG